AUAGCAUGCUGAUGGGAACUCAGGGGAGCCACACACUCUCUAUGCUUUUAUCCAUCCACAAACCCCUCUCCCAUUGGUUAGCACUUCUUAUGACGCAUUUCUUUCUAGCCAAUCAGGUUGGUUUUGUGACCCGGGUUGGUGUUGCCGGGAACUGCCAGACACUCAAACCAGCAGACCAGCAGACCACCAAACCAGAGGAGGAGGAGGACGGUUCAACCAUCAACCAGUGGACCGCCAUGGAUGUGAGUUGUGUCAGUGUAAGGCUGAUACAUGGACGCUAGUGACGUUGUCUGGGUUCCCAUUGGCUGAUGGAGUGGACAGUAUCACUAUGUCUCACAGACUGACCAAGGAGGAGCUGGAUGAACAGUUUGAGCUGUUCCUGAAGGAGUCUGUUUCAGAUGACUCUGACAAGCAGCCCGGUGCCAGAAGCAAUCAGAAACCAGCCCAGAAACCAACAGUGUCUUGGUGGCAAGAUGAGGAACACGGCGAUGGAGAAACAGGGAGAGGACUGCUGGGAUCUGGGAAGACUUUCAGGAAGUCUUUGAGGAAGUCUAUUCGAGUGGAGGAAGAGGAUCCAGGAGACGCUGGUUUGAAGGAAGAUGGGUUGGAAGAAGCAGCUGUUCUCAGCAGAGACAGUCUUGAGUCAGAGGACUCAGUGAUGGUACCAGCUGCGAACACCACCAGUAUUGGCUUGGACACUAUAGAGGAAGAAGAGGAGAAAGCCAGGUUCUUUACCAAACUGGAGGCAGGAGCUUCAUCAACUAUAGAUUACUCCAAGCUGAACAGAGAGCUGGACUCAACAAGUUCUACUGUUGGUCCUAACCUCAGGAGAGCUGAGGAAGCAGUGGAGCAGAGGGAUGAUGAUCAGAGGAAGACAGUCAGAGAGUCUCCAGCCUUUACAGGAUCUCCACAUUACAGCGAGGAUUUUGAGGAAGAGGAAAAUGGAAACGAGCCACCGGAGGAGAAGUCUAAAAUGUCUCCAAUACUUGCCAAAGUUUGUCUCCAUGAUUCCCUGGAUGACACCGGAGGAGAAGACCAAAGAAAGGACACAGCAGGGUCCCUGGACAGAGGCCAGUCGUAUGUGCAGAGUGGAGGCUCAGAGAUGGAGGCUCUUCAUGAGGCCUACAGACAGAUCCAUGUUGUGGAAGAUUCAGAUGACCAUAGUCACCAUCAUUCAUCUGUGGAAGGGAGGGGGACGAUCAACAGACCUGUGUCUCCAUCCUCCCCUCCUCAACAUGCCACCACACAGUCUCUGCAGCCUGCUUCUACCAAUGACUCAGAGCUCCCCACUGCAGAAGAGUUGAUGAGACCCAUCCGGCCAGAGGAGGACCACAUCAGAGGCUUCACCCUCCAGCCUGUCAGUGCUGUAGGACUCGACCAAGAAAAGACAUCCCACUUCUUGGAAAGGACUUUCUCAGAUGUGACUUCUCCAGAGUCACAACUGAAGCGACCAGAAAAGGCUGACCCCAUAGCAGAGAUAAAGGCAGCCAGGGGACUGACGAGCCACACGUCCUGCUCCCCAGACCCCCCCAACCUGACAUGGAGCAUCAGACAGGAAGUAGAGAGGCUGAUGCAGGAUCACAACAAAUCUUCUUCUUACACGUCCUCUCAGGUUGGCAGAGCUGAGAAACAACAGGCCUCCCAUGGCUCCACUAGUUCUCAUUGGUCUACAUCUUCAGUGAGGAAACCAGCUGUGGCUCCUGGUCGAGGCAGGAGGGCGGAGGGCAGAACAGCAGUGACUUCCAGGUCGUCAGGGCUGAGUAGAGCUGCUGCUGCAGCCAAAUCCCAAUCUUCUGUUUCCCAUCCUCUGCAGCAUCCACGAGAAAAGAAUAAAUUCACAAAGAGCCAAGACAAAGACGCAGACACAGCAGAGCCAGGUGUGAAGGUGAGCAGUGAGCUGGUGGCAUCUGUUCAGUCCUUAGUGGCUGUCCUCCAACAGCAGAUGGACACCAGCAGUCACCAGGAUGCUACAGACACACAGGAAGGCAGAGGUCCUCCACAAACCAGGCUGACACAUCAUCUUCCAAAUAACAAUAGGGAGGAGGACGGCUCUCUGGUGGAGGAGCUGAGAGUCCAGCUGGCUCAGAAAGAGAGGGAGCUGCAGAUGAUGAAGGAAGGCACAGAGGAGCUCAACUCCCUCAGACAGCAGAACUACCUACUGCAAAGCAAGCUGCGAAGUGCAGAAGAGGCCAGUCAGAAGAAGAGAUGGGCCGAGGCCACUGACUCUGCUGCAGAGGGAAAGCUCCAACAGAUUGAUAAAGAAAUAAAGGAGCAGGAGACGCUCAUAAAAGGUUACCAGCAGGAGAAUGAGAAGCUGUAUGAGCAGAUGAAGGCUCAGCAGGUUAAGAGUAAAGCCAACGAGGAGGCCAUGUUUAAUGAAAACCAGAGGCUGCUGAAUGAGCUGGCCUUCACAAGGGAGCAGCUGACUAAAACCUCAAGGACUGUGGGAAAUGUCUGCUUAAUGGAUCACACUCAACGCAUUACAGACUUGUUAGCGCAAAUAAAUACAUUUCAGAGGAAUGAGGCCAAGCUGUCUGAGGACAUUCACAGACUGAAGCAAGAGAAGCAGGCUCUGGAAGUAGAGCUGCAGCUGAUGAGGAAAGACAGGGACCUAGCUACAGCUCAGGCCCGGUCUGUCUCAGGGGACAAGACUUUUGAGAUGCGUGUGUUGGAGGACAAGCACAGAGAAGAAGUGGCGGCCAUGAAGAAGAAGCUGCAGUGGUUUGCUGAGAACCAGGAUCUGCUGGACAGAGAUGCUGGCAGACUGAAGGCUGCUACAGCUGAGAUACAGCAGCUCAAAGAGCAGGUAGAAAAAGUGAAACUGAAUGUGGGUAAAAGUAGCAGUGAGCAGCAGAGGAAGGCCAAAGAGAAAACAGUGGACACUAAGAGGGUGCAGGAGCUUCAGCGACAGGUGAAUGAGCUGGAGCAGAUACUAAGACGUAGAAACCCAAACUCCCUGCCUGCUCUGAUCUACGCUGCAGCCACGGCUGGAGCUCCAGAGGAUGUGGCCGCCCAGACGUCCCCCCCUAGCAGGAUCAUUGCCCUGCUGGAGCGCAGGAUUCAGCGUCUGGAGGCUGAGCUGGAGGGUCACGAUGAGGAGGCCAAGCGCAGCCUGCGGGUCAUGGAACAACAGUUCCACAGGAUCAAGCUCCGCUAUGAGCAGCAGAUCUCAGAGCUGGAGCAGCAGCUGGAACAGAAACAACAGCUGGAAGCAGCAAACUCAGCAGCUGGGACCGAGCCAUGGAUGUCACAGGUUGGAACACUGGAGGAAGAGCUGCAGCGUGUGAAGGAAAGCCAUCAGGAGAAAGCAAAAACCCUCCAGGACCAGAUUGAGUCUCUCCAGCAGCAGCUCAAACACAAAGUUAGCACAAGUGCUAAUGUUACCCAGGCCCAACCGAGUCCAGGCCGACACCAGCGUCAAGCCGAGGCAGCGUUUGGCGCCCGAAUAGAGCGGCUGAAAGAAGACCUUGCCUCCAAGUCACGGACCAAUCAGGAGCUGUGUCGCACCGUGGAGAGACUGCAGAAGGAGCGGAAGAACAUGCUGUCUGUCCCCAACCCCCGACCAGAAACAUGUUCUACAGAGACAAAACGACAACCAGGCCCAGCCAAAACACUCUGUUCUGCUGCUGGAGGAAGGGAAGAACUGUUUCCAGCUGCUCAUUAUGAGAAGACCUACCAGCCCACUGUCUUUACAGGCAGUCAUAUCUCAGAGGUCGUGCAGGAGAACGAGGCUCUGAAGCAGCGUCUGGAGCUGCUGGAGCGGCAGCCUGAGCAGGAGAGGGACGCAUUCAAAGCUGAUGCUUUACAAGCCAAGGAGGAGCUGUGCAGGCUAAAGGAGAACUCUGCAGAGCGGCUGUCCUCCAUGAAAGCAGAGCACCUCAGGGUGUUGGACCAGCUGUGUGCCACCCAUGCCUUGGAACACUCGUCCUCAAAGGUUGCUGAACUGGCCAAUAAGCUCAACACUCAGGAGAUAACGGUGAAACAUUUACAAGAGCAGCUGAAAGACGUGCACGGAGCUAAAGAUGCACUGGCAAUAUCCAGGACCCGAGAGGACGCUCUGCAGAAGCAGCUGACCAGACUGCUGAAGGAGCUGAAGGAAGCUAAAGAAGCUCAGAGCCCAGGGGGGAAACUCCUGUGUAGCCUGGAGAGGAAGAUCCUCAACAUGGAGCUCAGACACCAACACAGAGAGAAAGAGCUGCAGCAGGUGAUCGGUGGCUCGUGGCAGACGUUAGAGGCUGAUCAGCAGUCAGAGCAGGAGAGCUGGAAGCGUCUGGCUCAGGACAAGGCCAGAGAGUUGGGGGCUUUCCGUCUGGAGCUGGACUCCAUCCUGGACAUCCUGAGACACCUCCAAAGACAGGGAGUGGUGCUCCCCACUCCUGACCCCUCAUAACAGCCCCCCUCACCCAGAGGACCGACGUCUGACUGACGUCUGACCGACGUCGGUGUGAAAGCUAAUGUUGAUAAUUGUGUAUUGAAGCCAAAGACAAGAUGAGCAACAAUCAAUGUUUCAGCAUUAGAAUGAGUUCAGGUGGCGGGCUUCCUAUUGACAGCCAGUAUAAUAAUAUAGUAUAUAUAAUAUAUAAUAAUAUUAGUCAAGAGGUAGACGGUGCCUCCUGGUCCACAUCAGCAGCUGCCUUAACAUCAGCACUGCUUAUUAUUAGCACAUACAAACAGUAAUAAAGCUUCUAUAUUUUUUGGGAUUCAGAGACAGAAACAUUUAAAAUCAUUUUAUGAUUCUUGAUAAAGAUACUGUACCUGUUUCUUAUUUGUGUGUACAUUUUCUAGUUAGUUUGUAUUUUUUAUUUAAAUUAUUAUAACUUAUUUAAAAUGUAGUGAAAAUAAAUGGGGGUUUUUCAAGUCUAAA